AUGGCAUAUUUUGACCAAGAUGUAUGCCCAACAAAAGCCAUCUGCAAUUUUGCCACUAAGAUUAUGCUCCGACUGAAACAGCAAAUGACAAAUAUCCUUUCUACUACAGAGAAACAGGUUCUUCGUGAGCUUUCAACGAGGCCAUUUCCUGGAGGAGGAAUUCACCCCUUGACUAAGUACAUAAUUCAUUACAUUGAGUUGAUUUACGUUCACGUGGAAUCCUUAACUGAGCUGGUGGCUAGACCCCAAGGUUCCAAUGACGACCGAGAUCCUCCAGAAGUACCGGGUUCACAAGAAAUGGACAAAGGGCUAAUUCCCCUAAAGAGCCAUCUUGCUCGAGUUAUCGAGUUUUUACUGUAUAACUUGAAAUUCAAGUCCAACUUCUAUGGACAAGAAUCUCUGCGUUGUUUGUUCAUGAUGAACAAUGUUAGCUCUGUUUCUGAGAUGAUUAAAAGUUCCAAGGAGUUGGAAGAACUUAUUGGCACUCACCUGCAGAUGAAAUUAAGAGAAAAAGUGGAGCUGGCAAAGACUGAUUAUUUCCAUAGAAGUUGGGGCGAAGUCUGCACUGUUUUAAAAGGUGAAGGAUUAAAAUUACAUUUUAAUUGUGAUUUCUUUCCUGGAAGGUCUACAAGAGCUGUGAAAAAAAAGUUUAAGACCUUCAAUAGUAUGUUUGAAGAUAUUCUUCAGACUCAAGAACGAUGGAUAGUACCAGAUCAGCAGCUGCGGAUGAAACUUCUUGAAUGCAUAUUGGCUAAGCUGAUUCCGGCCUAUAAUCACUUUCUUGAGCGGCUAAGCCGAGUACACAAAGUGAAGCGUGUGAGUGAGUACAUAAAAUAUUCUGUCAAGGACUUGGAGACCAAGGUGCUAGAUAUGUUUCAGAAUAAAUAUUGA